UUCAGUUGGUAUCCGUCACUUCCGACUUACUUGGAUGGAAGUUCCUAUGUGAUAGCUGGUGGGAACCGAUGUUGAUUAAGUUAAGAGUUUAAAUCUAAAAGAAAGCCACCAUGGGGGGUAAGAACAAACAGCGAACAAAGGGGAACGUUCGGCCGUCCAGCAGCGGCCGAGCUGCCGAGGUUCUGGCCAGGGAAGGUGGCGCCAUCCCGGGCUUCGUUGGCUUCGACACCACGGUCACCCCUGAGCUUAGUUACGUCCCAGCUGUCCACGGAGCGGAGGAAAUAGACAACUUGGUGGAUGCUGAUUUCCGCCUGGUGCUGAGGAAACUCUCAAAGAGGGAUGUGGUCACCAGGCUGAAAGCUGUGCAGGAUUUUGGGGCCAUGUGUCAGGAACGGGAUGCAGAAGAGGUGAAAGGAGUUCUGCCAUACUGGCCGAGGAUUUACUGCAAGAUAUCAGUGGAUCAUGACCGCCGCAUCCGGGAGGCCACUCAGCAAGCCUUUGAACAGCUGGUGCUAAAAGUGCGUCGCAGCCUGGCCCCCUUUCUGAAGAGUUUGAUGGGCCACUGGAUUCUGUCGCAGUGUGACACCUACACGCCUGCAGCCUCUGCAGCAUGCCAGGCCUUUCAGGCGUCGUUCUCCCCGGCUAAACAGCCUGAGGCUCUCGGCUUCUGCAAGGAUGAGAUCCUUAAUGUGCUUCAGGACAUUUUAUUAAAGGAAACUGCAGACACUCUCAGUGAUCCACAAAGUGUGACAGGAGAGGAGAGGGAGGCCAAAUAUGUCCGCAUGCUGACCAGUUCCAUGUUGGGGGUGAAGAGACUGCUUUCCUUGCUGCUUCAGAAUGACAGGGCAGCAUUGGAGCAAAAACUUGGUCUCCUGGUUAACUCUGGCAAGUUCUGGAAAUACAGCAAGCACAAGAGCCCACAGGUCAGAGGAGCCUUCUUUGAGACGAUGUGUGCUCUGUGCGAAUUCACACCAGACCUGGUCCAGAGCGAAGCAGCCCGACUCUGCCCUGCUGUUCUGCUCAGUAUCGACGACACAGAUCCUGUUGUGCUUCCUCACGUGUGGGAGGCCGUUCUUCACGUUGUGUCCAAGAUCCCUGAUUGUUGGACGCAUGUAAACGCCAAGAAAGGCUUCCUUCCUAAACUCUGGGCUCUGUUAAGAGAAGGAGGUAAAGGCUUGGCUAAAGGACUCCAUCCAAAUCUGAUGCCUCUCCUCAGCAAGCUGCCGCCGCAGGUCACCGAUCCCCGCCUGGACUUCUACACCACUUUCUACACCGCAUUCCUGCAAGGUCUGUCCAGUGAGCGCGCAGCGUCGAGCCCGUCAGAAAGCGCGGUCAUAGUGACGUCUUUCGUCGAGUGCUUGAGGUACUGCAUCCUGCAGAACACAGGAGACGAGCAGUCUCAGGAGAAAAUGAGGAACAUGCUCGUUUCCCAGCAGCUCCUGCCUUUAAUAGAAAAGGCCAUUAGAAAUCCCUCCCUUCAGAACGGCCCUCUUUUCCCGCUGGUCACCGACAUGCUCAUUUCCUGGGAGAAGAGGGCGGGUCUGCACGGGAAAGUGGAGGAAAACGACAGCAAAGAUGUCUUCAAGACACUUUUAGCGGACUUCUGGGAGGAACUCGGUCUUCUGUGUGUGCGCGUUGUUGACGACGAGGACGUGGAUCCUCAGGCUUUGGAAGGCGUUGCCAUGUUGCUGCAGGUUAUGCGUUUUCCUGAGAGAGCAAGCAAGAAACAAACCCAGAAGAAGAAAUCGGUCCGGGUGUGUCUCUCAAAGGCAGAGGAGGAUGAGAAAUCAGUGAUUCAGGGGGAGGGAGUUGAAAAGCUGGCGCAGACGGCGUCGGAGCCUGCGAGCGAGAAGGCGUUCGAGUCCCUGCAGACGCAGCAUUUUGAAGACGCCGUGUGCCAGCUGGCCCAGCUGUGUCUGGUGCACGUGAAUGAGAAAAACUCAGAGAAGCAUCUUGUUUUUCUGUCCCUCCUUCUGCAGUCCUUUCACACGCCCAGGGUCUUCAGCACCUUACUUGAAUUUGAUGAAAAUCCACCUGGAGAUGAUAAAUGGACGGAUGAGAAAAACCCAGCGGUGCAGUUCCUGCUGAAGCGGGCGGUCGUGUGGCUGGCUGAGAUGGGCUACGGUGAGACCGAGCACCUGGUGGAGAUGGUUUUCAGCUCCCUGUCCUGCUGCAGCCAGGAGGAGACCACACAAAUUCUCAAUCAUGUCACCAUGAUGGGUUUGCAGUGGGGAAUUAUCCUGCAGAUUAUUCAGAGGGCAUGUAAAGAUGCUGAGACACGCGCAAGCUGCAGGGAUUGGCUGAAAGGUUCGAUUCUUGGCGAGCACCUCCUGGGACUGACUGAGGAGCUCUGCGACGCCGGCCGCUGCUCCUCGUCGUCCAAAACUCGGACAAGCAACCACAGCUGGACGCUUAUCAGCCUUGUUCUCUCUCAGAACAACAACAACGAGUCUUUAAUAGGCGAGGUAUACAUGGAGAAAAUGCUCGAGAAGCUCCACACCACCCUGUCCGAGACCAAGAGUCUGUCGGACGCAGGCAACAUGGAGCCACUCAUCUCCUUCAUCUGCGACGUGGCUUCCUCUUUCUUCUCCUCCGUGCAGGACUGUCUUCUGCUCCUCUCGGCUGAGGAGCUCCUGCUCACAGUCUUCCAGCUGACUGCUCAGGAUCAGAGACACACUCACCUCUCUGGAUCCCUGUUGGAUAAGCUGAAGAAAGUGUGUGUAGCAGGGGUCAGGUCCCUGGUGCAACACUGUGAAUGUGAGGUCAGGGCGGGCGGUUUCCUGCACAGCGCAGCCGUCUGGGUUAUGAAGCAGCUGCUGACCAUCUCCCUAGAUAUUCAAAGCUUGCAGGUUCUAGUCGGAGCCGUUCAAAGCUUGGUGGAAACGGUCGCCUCCGUUGGCGACCAAGCGUCCUCCAUCCUCGGCCAGUUCUUUGCUCUUUUGACACCGAGCCAGACCGAGUGGACCAGAAUCAGACACGCCCUGUCUCCUCAGUGGGUCAAAUCUCCUUUACUGUCCAACCGUCACAGAGGAGUUUGUGAAAAACCCUCAAAGGACAUGUGGAAGUCGAGGGAGUCGAACAGGCUGCCUGCUCACCUCUGUGUGUGCGCCGUUCUGGGCAGAGUGGCCCAGACUGCUGCAGCUUUACCUUGUGGCCUAAAAGAGGAGCCGUGUCCCUCGACCCUCCCGAACCUUACAAGCACAGUUUCAGAACUGCUGUAUGCGCUGCAGUGGUGUAAGGAGGUUGACUACAGACCCGCAGUAGCAUCUGCUUAUCGCAACCUGUUGGCUGAUUGGGGACUGUCAGGUGGACUCCAUAGUAACGUUCCAAUGAAAUCUCUGCUAGAGACCCUCUACUCAAGGUCAGUGACCGAUGGAGGUUUGUGGUCCCUGACUCUAGAAAACUACAUCCAGACCAACGACUUGGCAGCCAAUCGCAGUGGAGCUCUAAGAAGACUUUAUAAUGGUGCAGAAAGUCUUUUCCCGGUGUCUCUGAGCAAACUGAGCACGCUCCAGGUGCUCUGCCCACUGAUGACGGAAGAAGACAGAGACACUCUGAUUACUUUGGCGACUGCUGGAAUAAUCAACUGGCAAGAGAACGAAGGAGUUUAUGGCUGCCUGGCAGUGCUGCUGUGCUGCCUCAACGCCAACACACAGGUAGAGGAGGAGGUGGUUCAGGCGAUCCUCGCCACUGUGAUGGAGUGGAGAAACAGCAGGGAGGAUUGGUUUCUCUUUAGCUGUGACCUGUCUGAAACGACAUCUGAACAGCUGAACCUCAACGUGGAGAUGAUUCGGUUCCUGACUUGGCUGGUGUCUCAUUGUCCAGCUCUCCUUGGGGGCAACCAGUGGGACUUCUUGCUCUGCUCCAUGUUGGCCUGGUUGGAGACUGCCAGUGAGAACGUGAGCAGCCUGUGGAACCCGUGGGUGCAGCUGUUCGUGUGCGAGAACGCCGCACUGAUCGUCGCACUGAACCAGUUCUUCGCGUCUUCGCCUUGCGACGUUCUGGAGAGGCUGCCGACAGAGCUGGCUGGCGAAUGGAGAGACUUCUUCGUAGAGGGAAUCUACAACCUCCUGUUGCCCCUGCCAGUCCACAUCACUGAGGCCUUUCCUGAACCGGAUGACCCUGUGUUCCCCAUGGCCGUGCUCCAGUCGCUUUGUUUGGCUCUGACGUAUAUUCCAGUGCAGCAACUGAACCAAAACUCCUUGCCGCCACGCUUCAUAGCGGACCAAAAGACGAACCUGCCCGAGUCCCUGCAGACGCUCCUGAACACCCUGUGUCCCCUGCUGCUGUUUAAGGCCAGGCCUUUGCAGAUAACCGUUCACCACAUGCUGGAAAAGGUGAUGCCACAGCUUCCUGAGUGUGAUGGAGAAGGUGAUAACAACAAGUCUGAUGACGACAGAGACGAGCCGUGUCUAUCUCCCCCGGCGGCGCUCAUGGCCAUCCUGUCGACCUGUGAAGAGCUGUGCGACAGCAUCCUGGCAGCGGUUCAGGUGGGAGAGUUCGCCGUGGUCCAACCUCUCAGCGUGGAGUACUCCUGCAUCCUGGCUUACCUUCUCGCAUGGAAGCUGCUCCUUACUUUUUUCAAAUCCUCCCCCUCCCAUCUGCGUGCCCAUUAUGCUCAGUAUCUUAAGAGAAGCUGCUCCCUGAACAAGCUGCUCCUCCAUCUCUUCAAACUGAUGCCGGAGAACCCAAUUUGCCCGGGCCAGGGGUCGGAGACCAAGGAGAGUAAAACGUUCUUUACAGAGAGCCUCCGUCUUACAGUUGACAAGAAUGUCGGCGUUGACUGGGAGCUCCCCCACCUGGCCUGCAGCGUGUACUACAGCACGGUGCAGGACCUGCCUGCCAUGGUGCGUUUGUGGUGGAACAGCCAGGAGAAGAGAGUGAGCUCUGCGGUGGAGAAGUUCACCAGUAAAUACGUCAGUCCUGUUCUGUCAGCCCAGGAGAUCUCCUCCGUCCACGACAGCACGCAGAUGUUUGACAGCAUGACUGUCAAGGCGCGCUCGGCAGCGCGAGAGGUGAUCGCCACCUACUCCGUGGACGAUAUCUUCAUCGAGUUGGUGAUUCAGCUGCCGCAGAACUACCCUCUGGGCUCCAUCACUGUGGAGAGCGGGAGACGUGUGGGCGUAGCCGUGCAGCAGUGGAGGAACUGGAUGCUGCAGCUGAGCACCUACCUCACACAUCAGAAUGGCAGUAUAAUGGAGGGCCUGGCUCUGUGGAAGAACAACGUGGAUAAGCGCUUCGAGGGCAUCGAGGACUGCAUGAUCUGUUUCUCCGUCAUCCACGGCUCCAACUACUCCCUGCCUAAGAAGGCCUGUCGCACCUGCAAGAAGAAGUUCCACUCUGCCUGUUUGUAUAAAUGGUUCACGUCCAGCAACAAGUCCACCUGCCCGCUCUGCAGAGAAACCUUCUUUUAGUUCUCGUCGUCUGCUUUUGGAUGAAAGGAGGACGACUCUCAUCGACCAACGUUUACAUGCUAUCACAAAACAUUUCUAGAAGGCUGUGUAAUUAGUUUGAUUACUGAAGUGAUUCGAACCAAAAUCUGGAAAAUGCAUAAAUCUACGGAUAUGUGGAUCACAGUACCUCAAACGUGUGUGUGUGUGUAUAUAGCUGGGCUUUUCUGUAUUGCUUAUGUGGAAGACCAAUGCCCUCAUGUUAUCGUUUUAUCUUUCUUGUCAUACAGAUUUUUGUUUUUUGAGUUCCCAGCAAACAGUCAGCGAGCGUCCAUAUCAUUUAUCACUGGAGGGAAAAUGACUGAGAGCGUGAAAAGCUGUUUGAAGCAUGGUGAUAUCUACAAUAAGUCAGUUUUCAGUGUAAAAUUUCCUAAUAUUUAGGAGUGUAAAACGACUUACUGAUUGGUUACAUUUUAUCUUUAGGAAGCAGGAAACCGGAGUUUAGAAUAAAAAUCCAAACGCUCAGAAGUAUCAGAGCCCGUCGCUGUGUGUCUUACCCUGUGUCUACAUCCAGCUGUAAAUGAUGUUGAAAAAUUAGAAUAAAACAUCCUGGGUAUUGUUA